AUGAAAAUCAUAUUCAAAGCAAACAAUAUUUUAUUUUUAGUUUUUCAAAAAUUAUUAGAAGAAUUAAUUGAAAAAAAAAAUGAACGAGAAUCUCGUAUUAAUGAUAUAGAUAUUGCUCAACCAACAUUAUUUGCUAUACAAGUUGCAUUAGCAGCUUUACUUGUUUCAUGGAAUAUUUAUCCAUCAUCUAUUAUACCACAUAGUGCUGGUGAUCAAGCAGCUGCUUUUGUUGCUGAUCGUUUAAGUUUAAAAGAAACCGUUCGUAUUGAACAUUUGGCUUGUAUUGCUGUUGUUAAUAGUCCUCGUUCAGUAACAAUAAGUGGUGAUGAAAAAACAAUUGAUGAAAUACAACAAAUUCUUUCCAUAUCUUAUCCUGAUGUAUUCAAAGCACGUCUUCGUAUUGAAAAUGCAUUUCAUUCAUAUCAAAUGAAUCGAUUUGAUAUUGAAAAAGAAAUGCUUUCAUCCUUGAAAGAUAUUUAUGAAGCAGCAAAUGUUUUUCUUGAAAUCUCAUCACAUCCAGUUUUAGCUACAUCUAUUCGUGAAUGUUAUGAAUUAACAAAUCAACAACAAUCAUCACCACCACUUAUUCUUCCAACAUUGAAACGAAAAGAAGACGAACAAAUAACAUUACUGACGAGUUUAGCACAACUUACAACAUCAUCUCAUGUAUGGCAACAAUACUUUCAUACUCGUCAAAUUUUACCGUUGAAAAAUCAUGAAGAAUAUUUUGAUAAUUUUCCAUUAUAUAAAUUUCAUUUGGGUCCAUGUUGGUAUGAAUCAAAAGAUUUGUCUAUACAACGUUUAGCUAAUCGUAUACCUACUCAUCCAUUACUUGGUAUUCGUCAAUUAAAUGAACAAACAAGUGCAACAUGGAAAACUGCUAGUCAACAAUUACUCUCAUCAAAAGAUGAUGGACAACAACCAACAAUUAUUUUUGAAGAUGUUAAAUUUGUUAAAGUACUUAUUUUGAAUGAACAUGAAUUAGUUGAAGUAUUCAUACAAAUAAUUAUGCCAAUGCGUCAAUGGUAUAUUAUAUUUUGUAAUUAA